AUGGAAACGGCCGAACACUCAGACACUGCAGCGCCGGCAGAUCGCGAGGUGGAACUCGCCACGGACGCCGUGGAUGGAGGAGAGAUGCAGGUGAGCCCCGGCGACGAGCAGGAACAGAUCCGUGCGGAGACGGAUCCGACGGACGCCGCCGGAGAAGACCUGCUGGACCUCUUCCCUGACCCGCCCCCCGACGCCAUGGAGCCUGAAGACCUAGAGGACGAGGAGAGCGGUCUUUGUGGCGACACAACGAGUCUGGACCACAAGGACUCCCCCUGUCCCGGGACAGGACACGACGAGCUCAACAGGAACGAGUCCAUCGCCUCGUCUGUGUCCGACACGCUGUCCAGCGCCGACAGCGUCUAUGAGAACGAGGCUCACCGUAAGAGACCAGACCCCCAGGAGCCGGAACCAGAGCCCAGCCCUGGAGAGGACCUGCCCCCUGGACCUCAAGACCAGGAGGACCUUCUCCCUGGAACCCAAGACCUGGAGGACCUGCUCCCUGGACCCGAAGACCAGGAGGACCUGCCCCCUGCCCCCCUAGACCUGGAGGACUUGCCCCCUGCACCCCUAGACCAGGAGGACCUGCCCCCUGGACCACAAGACCAAGAGGACCAAGACCAAGAGGACCUGCCACCUGGACCCCUAGACCAAGAGGACCACGACCAGGAGGACCUGCUCCCUGGACCCCCAGACAAGGAGGACCAAGACCAAGAGGACCUGCCACCUGGACCCCUAGACAUGGAGGACAAAGACCGGGAGGACCUGCUCCCUGAACCCCUAGACCAGGAGGACCUGCUCCCUGAACCCCUAGACCAGGAGGACCUGCUCCCUGAACCCCUAGACCAGGAGGACCAAGACCAGCUCGCCCCUGAAACCCGAGAGGACCCCGUGAGUCCCGACUUCCUGUUAGAUGCUCCGACCGGGGAGGCAGAGGAUUCGAACCUGGGUCAUUACAUCAACGAAGAUGCCCUGUCCGAUGCCUCUAAUGAGUCCUACCACGACCUGGAGGCCGACGAGUGCCUGAGGGUGGAGAUCGCCGUGGCCUCGUCCGACAGCGACACGGACGAAAAGUGGAGGGCGAUCUUCUCCUCUUCCAUCAACAGAGAGGACGAUGACUCGUACCUGGACGGCCUCCAGCUGAGCGCCCAGGAGCUCUUUGUGCAGAAGGUAGAGGUGAGCGACGCUGAGGAAGAGGAGGACCACGCUCCGACGGAGGAAACCCCCUUUGAGGAAGAGCCGGACGACGAAGUGCUGGAGCAGCCCAUCGACGUGGUGUCCUUCUCUUCUCCCUCCCAGGAGGUCCUGUACAACCCCUUAUCCCAGCCGGGACUGUCCAAAAUCUCAGAGGACGACGGCGAAAACGGAAAGGUCCCUUUCAACCGCGGCCACCUCCUGCCCUCCCCACCUCUGAGCGCCGACCACACCAAGAAGCUGCCCAAGGACUUCUGUGUGAUCCAGGAGACCAAGAGCGAGAACGUCAGCAACGAGCACGUUGACUUCCAGGUUGCUCGCAAACAAUGGCUGGAGAUGGAGGAGCAGAGCAAGAAGCAGAUCGUGUCGCCCACCGCCAAGACGCCCACCCUCCAGGGCAGCCACAGCUUCAUGUACACGCCCGUCCGCAACGUGGAGAGGCCUCAGAGGAGGGAGCACUCCCUGGAGAACCUGAGCCUGGUCGGAGACUACCCCCUGACCCAGUUCAGCCCCUGCUCCGAGGACUCCGGUCUGGACGACCUGAGCUACCGGUCCCCCUUCGAGGACCCGGAGACCCCGGUGGAGAGGGAGGUCCGCGCGGCCUUGGAGCGGGACGACCACUUGAGGAAGGGGAGGGGCUUCUCCAAGAUGGGCAAGUCGACGGACUGCGCCCCGUCGCGGGGUCUCCCCCGGUCCAUCAGCACGCCGCUGACGCCCUCUUUCGUCAUCACCUCCUCGCCCUCCAAGGGGUCCCGGAGCCACGAGCUGGCGGCCAACAACGUCAUCAUCCUGGAGCCUGGGGACGACUUCCCCGGCGGGCAGAACCACACGGCCUGGGACCAGGCGGGCGACUCCAACCUGAUCAUCCUGGAGACCUCCAACCUGAUCAUCCGCAGCGCCUCCGAGUUCUGCCUGAGCCAGGUCCGCGAGCCGCAGUCCCAGGAGAAGAGCUUCCUCAACAACCCCUUCUUCAAGCUGCGCUCCCGGAGCUCCGUGUCCCUGGUGGACGAGGAGAUCCGCGUGGUGAAGCAGAGGGAAGAGGAGCUCCGCAAGGAGAGGGCCAGCGCGUACGGCAAGGACCGCUUCGGCUCCAGCGUCACGUCGCCCAAUCAGAUGGACAGCCUCGCCUUCAGUAACACAGUUGACGUUCCAGAGAAAUGCAAAUCGUCCCCCUCAUCACCGAUGAAGACCGCCUAUAGAAUGGACCGCGCCGUUUUGUCCUGCGACCACAGGUUCCCAGACGUCUACAGCAAAGAACGACGUAAGAGUGCCAUGGCCCUCCGAUGGGAGGCCGGGGAGUUCGCAGAGGAGAAGGCCGACUGAGGCGUUACAUUGGGGAAGGCGUUACAUCGUAUGCGUACUACCCAUGUCUCUGUGUCUUACGCAGUGUUUGUUCUUGUGUCGCGACACAACAUACGCUUUGCUUCUGUGGUUCUUCAUGCAAAAAUAUUGUGAUCCUUCCUGGAUUUUGGAAAAGAGAAACAACUGGCUAAUCAAUUACAAAACAAUACACCACCAUAGUUGUGUACAGACUGGGGCCUUAAUAGGUUAGAUUUGUAGAAGAAGAGUAUUUGCAGUGUGUUCAACUGUUUUCCAAGAUGCCUGAUAGUUAAAUGAAUGUAUUGUUUAGGCCACAAUUUGCUAACAUUUACAAAUGUAAAACAUUCAAAAGAAGAAAACAUUUUGACAUUUUGUCUAUUGCGCUAAAGGCAAUAGAGGCUACGUCGCUAUAUAUGUAUAUUUAAUGUAUUUUUGUACUGUGAUUUUAUUUGCUGCAAAUGAAUAGCUGGAUGAUCUUCAGUACCAAGAGAAUAUUAUAAACCCGGAGAUCAAAGGCAGCUUGAGAACAGCUCUAAUCUUUAAUAGCUUACAUGUAUUUUUUCGUAAAAUAUGACAAUCCAAAAUGUAUUUUUGAGAUGUACAACGAUUUUUGAACUCCAUGCACCCUGAAAGCACAAAGCCUUUACCUCUGCUAUCUUACGAGAACACUUUAGUAGGCUGAUCAAGGGGUCAAUGAUCAAUUCUAAAGGGUCAUACUUUUGAAAAAGGUUUGAAAGAGGGAAUUUAACAUGACAAAAUCAAUUUAAUGGAAAUCAAUUAAGCACUGCAUUUAUAUUGUUAUCAUCAAAACUCUCAAGAGUAUUGUGAAUGGAUGAAGUAUAUAUAUUUGAAGUCUUUAAAGAUUUAAAGAGAUUUAAGAGUUUCCUCUAAAGGCUAUUUACUUUCAUGUCACUAUCAUAAAAAAAACUAUUUAAAGAAUAAUAAUCAGCAAACAAUAAACAUGUCUAGAACAGUGACAGUGUUUUAGGGAUCCUCCACAUUAUCUUCUCUAGCUAACGAAAAUAAAGCAUUUGUUACCGUUAACGGCGUUGUUUACAUCCUGUCUGUAUGCUAAUUCCUUAAGGCUCACUACAAACAACCAUUCUGUACUCAAAGUGACGGAUAAGGUGAGCUCAAAAGAGGCUUCUGUUUCUGUUAUUAUCAACCUCGUUAUUAAAGUAUACGGGGGCUUUAUCUCUGUAUAUGUAUGUGUUGAGUAUUCAAAGAGAUUCAUGCAACAAUAAAUAAUGAUGAGAAACAGGUCAAGUUCUGCCUUUUGUGUUUAUUAAUUAUAAAGGUUUUGUUUGUGUUCAGAAGAAGGAAUUAGAUGAGCAUGGAAUAGUUCAUCAUAUUUAGGUGAUGAUGAAUUUUGUUAUAAAAUUGUUUAAAACACAUACACCCCUAUUACAAAUGUUUCACAAUGUGUAUCACAAAUAUGUACAGA